CCAUGGACCUCACCAGGAGAUAGUGGAGAAGAAUGCAGAUCCUGAACAGAUGUUGCUGCCUUACUUGAGGAAGGGACUCCGACUCACAGGUACCAAGUACGGUUGCGGUGGAGGUGGCUGUGGUGCAUGUACAGUGAUGAUAUCCAGAUAUGAACCCAUCACUAAGAAGAUUGUUCAUUAUUCAGCCAACGCAUGCUUGAUCCCCAUCUGUUCACUGUAUGGAACUGCAGUCAUCACUGUGGAAGGAAUCGGAAAUACAAAAACAAGGAUUCAUCCUGUUCAGGAACGGAUUGCUAAAAGUCAUGGCUCUCAGUGUGGCUUCUGCACCCCUGGAAUGGUUAUGUCAAUCUAUGCUUUACUGCGCAAUGAGAUGGAACCAACAUCAGAGCAGAUCACUGAAGCUCUCUCUGGUAAUUUGUGUCGUUGCACUGGCUACAGGCCUAUUAUUGAUGGCUGUAAAACCUUCUGUAAGGAAUCAUAUUGUUGCCAAAAUAAAGAGCAUGGGGGUUAUUGUUCAGACCAGGGAGACCAUUUUUCUUUGCUACCUAACAAGGAAAGAAAGAUCUGUACAGCAUUGUUUUCUGCAGAAGAGUUCCAACUCUUGGAUCCUACCCAAGAACUAAUAUUUCCACCUGAACUCAUAAAAAUGGCUGAAAAUCAGACCGUACAGACUCUUACUUUCUACGGGGAAAGAACAUCAUGGAUUUCUCCUGAGAAUCUAAAGGAACUUCUGGAACUCAAAGCCAAAUACCCACAGGCACCACUUGUUGUAGGGAAUACUUGUGUGGGACCUGAUAUGAAAUUUAAAGGUAUAUUCCACCCACUUAUCAUCUCCCCCACAAGAGUGUUGGAUCUUCAUGUGGUUGAACAUACAGAAGAUGGACUAAUCCUGGGAGCAGCUUGUACUAUGACCGUGGUGAAAGAUGUCCUGGCCAAUGCGGUUUCAAAACUUCCAGCAGAGAAAACCAAGCUAUUCCGUGCGCUUUUGCAACAGCUGAAAACCCUGGGUGGACAGCAGAUCCGAAAUGUGGCUUCUUUUGGAGGAAAUAUUGUAAGCAGAAGUCCAACAUCCGACAUCAACCCUAUACUGGCAGCUGGAAACUGUAUCCUCAACGUGGCAUCAGAAGGAAGGCUACGGCAAAUUCCUUUGAGGGAUCUUUUUGCUGACGGAUGGGGGCACAAUACCCUUGAACCAGAGGAGAUCUUAGUGUCUGUUCGGAUCCCUCAUUCUGGGGAGGGUGAGUUUGUAUCUGCAUUCCGCCAGGCCCAGCGGCGGGAAAAUGCCUUGCCUAUUGUUAAUGCUGGGAUGAGGGUCCUUUUUGAAGAAGGCAGUGACAUUGUCCGCAACUUGAGCAUCUUUUAUGGAGGAAUUGGCCCUACUACACUUGCUGCGGAGAAAACAUGCCAGGCCGUCAUUGGGAGGUCUUGGGAUGAACAGAUGCUGGAUGAAGUUUGCAAAAUGGUGCUCCAAGAAAUUCGUAUCUCAAGUUCUGCCCCAGGUGGCAAAGUAGAGUACAGACGAGCUCUCAUUGUUAGUUUCAUCUUCAAGUUCUACCUGGAAGUGCUGCAGGCGUUAAAAAUGAUGUAUCCCAGACGGUAUCCUGGUAUCCCGGAAAAUUAUGCAAGUGCCCUUGAAUAUUUUCAUACGAAAAUGCCCCAGUGUAUGCAAAAAUACCAGGAUGUGAAGCCGGAACAAUCUGCCCAAGAUCCAGUGGGACGUCCUGUCGUGCACCAGUCUGGCGUUAAGCAUGCCACGGGAGAAGCUGUUUAUUGCGAUGACAUUCGCUCUGUGGAUGAAGAACUCUUCUUGGCUCUAGUAACCAGUUCUAAAGCCCAUGCAAAGAUUGUAUCAAUUGAUGCUUCAGAAGCCCUCGCGAUGUCAGGUGUGGUUGAUAUAAUCUCUGUUCAAGACGUCCCAGCCAUGAAUGAGUUCUACAACUAUGAUGUCCCAGAUAUUUUAUUUGCCAGAGAAAAGGUGACUUGUGUGGGUCAGAUUGUUUGUGCAGUGGUUGCAGAUUCGGAGGUUCAUGCUAAGCGAGCAGCUGCAAAAGUGAAGAUAGAAUAUGAAGCCCUGGAGCCUGUGAUUCUGACUAUAGAGGAUGCGAUAGCACACAAUUCAUUCUUUGAACCACAAAGGAAACUGGAACAAGGGAAUGUGGAUGAAGCAUUAAAAACAGCCGACCACAUAAUUGAAGGUGAGAUCCAAAUUGGGGGACAGGAGCAUUUCUACAUGGAAACUCAGAGUGUUCUCGUUGUUCCAAAAGGAGAAGAUAAAGAAAUGGAUGUGUAUGCAUCAACCCAGCAUCCAGCAUUCGUACAGGAAAUGGUGGCCUCCUGUUUAGGCAUCCCGGAAAAUAGGAUAAUGUGUCAUGUGAAACGGGUCGGAGGGGCCUUUGGGGGAAAACUCAUGAAAGCUAGUAUUCUGGCUUGUAUAACAGCAGUGGCGGCCAACAAGACUGGUCGUGCAGUUCGCUGCAUUCUAGACAGAGGCACUGACAUGCUAACUACUGGUGGCCGGCACCCUUUCAUUGGCAAGUACAAAAUUGGCUUCACAAACAGUGGCAGAAUCUUGGCAGUAGAUAUGGAUGCUUACAUUAAUGCAGGAUGCACCCCCGAUGACUCUCUUCUGCAGGAACUCAAGUCAGAGGACCUUCACAGGUGCUGGAAGGAGUGCAUGAAGAAAUCAUCCUAUCGCACUAGGAGAGAAGCCAUCGAGGAGUUCAACAAGAAAAAUUACUGGAAGAAAAAGGGAAUUGCCAUUAUUCCCUUGAAGUUCCCAGUUGGGUUUGGGGCUCGUGUCCUCGGUCAGGCAGCUGCUCUGAUUCAUUUGUAUAUUGAUGGGUCCGUGCUCCUGACUUACGGUGGCAUAGAAAUGGGACAAGGACUUCACACCAAAAUGAUCCAGGUUGCUAGCCGAGAAUUAAAAAUGCCCAUGUCAGACAUCCACUUCUGUGAGACCAGUACAACGACCGUCCCUAAUGCAUGUGGUUCGGUAGGCUCCAUGGGAACAGAUGUCAAUGGAAUGGCAGUGAAGUACUUUGCUGUCCAGGUUAGGGAAAUCAACCUGUACAAGGAAAAUGAAUGGACACCGUACAAGCAGGAACUCAAGUCAGAGGACCUUCACAGGUGCUGGAAGGAGUGCAUGAAGAAAUCAUCCUAUCGCACUAGGAGAGAAGCCAUCGAGGAGUUCAACAAGAAAAAUUACUGGAAGAAAAAGGGAAUUGCCAUUAUUCCCUUGAAGUUCCCAGUUGGGUAUACAGAUGCUGGAAGUAGAUUUAGCAUGGCAAUGAGAGCAUUUUUCUACAAUUUUUUUGAAGGAAUAAAUUUACUUGACUUGCUUCUUUUACAGGCUAAAGAAGCCUUUGAUCAGAGUAUUAAUCUAUCGGCAACAGGUUAUUUCAGAGGUUAUGAAGCAAAUAUGGAUUGGGAGAAAGGGGAAGGCCAUCCAUUUGAAUAUUUUGUUUGUGGAGCUGCUUGCACAGAGGUUGAAAUAGACUGUCUGACUGGAGAUCACAAGAACAUCAAAACGGAUAUUGUUAUGGAGAUUGGGCACAGCAUCAACCCUGCAAUGGAUAUAGGUCAGAUUGAAGGUGCUUUCGUUCAGGGACUUGGGCUUUACACAACAGAGGAGCUCAAAUACUCUCCAGAGGGAGUUCUCUACACACGAGGGCCAGAUCAGUAUAAAAUCCCAGCAAUCUGUGACAUUCCAGAACAGUUCAGUGUCUCCUUGCUGGCACCUUCCCAAAACACAACGGCCAUCUACUCAUCUAAGGGUGUGGGUGAAUCAGCACUUUUCAUGGGAUGCUCUGUGUUUUUUGCAAUAUGGGAUGCUGUGGCUGCUGCCAGGAAGGAAAGAGAACUAUCUGAGGACUUUGUGCUGAACAGUCCCCUAACUCCUGAACGAAUUCGAAUGGCCUGUGCUGACCAAUUUACAGAGAUGAUACCAAAGGAUGGGAACAAGCCUACCACAUCUUGGGCCAUCUCUCUCUGAAUGAAAACCAGGAACUGGAGGGAAGAAAGUGGCCUUUAUCAAUGUUUCCCAUGGCUAAACUGAUGAAAGUAAUCCACAGAACUUCAAUACUUGCUUUUUUUAUGGGAAAUACUAUCAUGCGCUUUGUAUUAACUGGCAUGGAAAUCUCCUUCCUGCCAUGUUCAGAUAAAUAAACAAACAAUAAAAAUUGGAUGAUAGAGAGUUACAUUUAAAGACUGAAAAAAUCUG